CUCGAUGAAUACAAACUCAUCCACAUAACCCCAAGAAUACCGACGAGUGCUCAUUAACCCAAAUAAAACAACAGAUUUAGGGGACGGCGAAUCGGAGAAGAAGCACGCAGUGAGAGAGAGUGCGCAUGUCCGCAAUUGGUGACUCCAUCCCGGCCAUCUUCCUCCCUCUCCUUUCAUCUUCCAAUAAAAUAAAAUGCCGGUGGCCGACUGCGAAAGCGGUCUCUCGCCGGCAGAUGUCACCGGUGCAGGUGCCGCAAACGGGAACCCGGGUCACUGGAGGAGCUACUACAGGCAUGUGCUGCUGCUGGCGUACCAGAGCUGCGGCGUGGUGUACGGCGACCUGAGCACGUCGCCGCUGUACGUGUACAAGAGCACCUUCAUCAUCGGGUCGCUCCGGCGGUUCCAGGACGAGGAGAUCGUGUUCGGCGUCUUCUCCCUAGUGUUCUGGACGCUGACCCUCAUCCCGCUCCUCAAGUACGUCUUCAUCGUGCUCGCCGCCGACGACAACGGCGAGGGCGGCACGUUCGCGCUCUACUCGCUGCUGGUGCGCCACGCCAAGUUCAGCCUCAUGCCAAACCAGGAGGCCGCCGACGAGGAGCUCACCUCCUACUACCGCCCCGGCUACGCCCCCCAGGAGACCCCCAUCCUCACCGCGCUCCGUCGGUUCCUCGAGAACCACCGCAAGUCCCGCACCUUCCUCCUCGUCACCGUCCUCUUCGGCGCCUCCCUCGUCAUCGGCGACGGCGUCCUCACGCCGCCCAUGUCCGUGCUGUCGUCCUUCUCUGGGCUGCAAGUGCACUCGACCGCGCUGACGAGCGGGGAGGUGGAGAUCCUGUCGUGCACGGUGCUGGUGUGCCUGUUCAUGGUGCAGCACUGGGGCACGCACAGGGUGGCGUUCCUGUUCGCGCCGGUGGUCAUCGUCUGGCUCCUCCUCCUCGGGGCGCUCGGCGUCUACAACAUCGUGGUGUGGAACCCCAGGGUGCUGCGCGCCCUCUCCCCUUACUACCUCGUCAGGUUCUUCCAGCACACCGGCAAGGACGGCUGGAUCUCCCUCGGGGGAAUUCUCCUCUCCAUGACAGGGACCGAAGCCAUGUAUGCGGAUCUUGGCCACUUCACAGCUGCAUCCAUAAGGGUUGCGUUCGUGGGGCUCAUCUACCCGUGCUUGGUGCUGCAGUACAUGGGGCAGGCGGCCUUCCUGUCCAAAUCACCCCACUGCGACAUCCACUUCGUAUUCUUCGAGUCCAUUCCAACGGGCAUCUUCUGGCCGGUGCUGGUGAUCGCGACGCUGGCGGCGAUCGUGGGCAGCCAGGCGGUGAUAUCGGCGACCUUCUCCAUCGUGCGGCAGUGCACGGCGCUGGGCUGCUUCCCGCGCGUGAAGAUCGUGCACACGUCGCGGCGGAUCCACGGGCAGAUCUACAGCCCGGAGAUCAACUGGAUCCUGAUGCUGCUGUGCAUCGCCGUCACCAUGGGGCUCCGCGACACCACCCUCAUCGGCAACGCCUACGGGAUGGCGUGCGCGGGGGUGAUGCUGGUCACCACGCUGCUCAUGGCGCUCGUCAUCGUCUUCGUCUGGCAGUACAGCUGCCUGGUGGCGGCGCUCUUCCUGGUGGCGUUCGGCGUCGUCGAGGCGGUGUACCUGUCGGCGGCGCUGAUGAAGGUGCCCCAGGGCGGGUGGCUGCCGCUGGUGCUGUCGCUGGUGUUCGUCGCCGUCAUGUACGUGUGGCACUACGGCACGCGGCGGAAGCACCAGUUCGACGUGCAGAACAAGGUGUCGCUCAGGUGGAUCCACGCGCUCGGCCCCAGCCUGGGCAUCGUGCGCGUCCCGGGGAUCGGCAUCAUCUACUCCGAGCUGGCCACCGGCGUGCCGGCCAUCUUCUCGCACUUCGUCACCAACCUGCCGGCGUUCCACCAGGUGCUCGUCUUCAUCUGCGUCAAGGCCGUGCCGGUGCCGCACGUCCGCGACGAGGAGCGCCACCUCGUCGGCCGCAUCGGCCCGCGGGAGUUCCGCAUGUACCGCUGCGUCGUUCGGCACGGCUACAAGGACGUGCUCGCCGAGGACACCGACUUCGAGAACGACCUCGUGCUGCGGAUCGCCGAGUUCGUGCAGAUGGAGGCCGACUUCGACCAGCGCUGCAGCAUCAGCGACGAUGGGGUCGUCGCCUCCGUGGAGGUGGAGGGCCGCAUGGCCGUGGUCCCGCGGCCCAGCGACCUUGCCAGGACGGGGCUCCUCAUGCGGGAGCCCGGCGAGGAGGAGAGCGUGGUGGCGCGCGCCGCCGCGGCCGCCAAGCCGGAGUCGCUCAUCCACUCGAUGCACACGAUGCACGAGGCGGAGUCGCCGGGGUUCGCGAGCCGGCGGCGCGUGCGGUUCGAGGUGGCGAACCAGCACACGGACCCCAGGGUGAAGGAGGAGCUGAGCGCGCUGGUGGAGGCCAAGCACGCCGGCGUCGCCUACAUCAUGGGCCACUCGUACAUCAAGGCGAGGAAGAGCUCGUCGGUGUUCAAGAAGUUCGCCGUCAACGUCGCCUACGCUUUCCUCCGCAAGAAUUGCAGAGGCCCCGGCCUCGUGCUCAACAUCCCGCACAUCAGCCUUAUCGAAGUCGGCAUGAUCUACUACGUCUAGUUUAGAUAUAAACUGCUUAUUACCCCCAACAUUUUUUAUUUUAUUUUAUACAGUACUAGGUCGUUUAUUAGGCCUGCAGAACAAUUAAUGCAGGGCGUGUCAUCGACAUGUAUUUAGAUUUAAUAAUAACGAGCUUAAUAAACCACAUAUGCUAAUGCUAGGCACUAGGCAGGUAAAGUGCCAGUGACUCUGCAAUAAAGUUCUUUCUCCA